CUUCGUUAUACCUCACAAUCGAGUCCGGCGACUCGCGUAGUAGUCAGUGGUGGGGAAAGCAUCCUCAACCGGACCCACUGCCGAAAACCGUAUCGGAGCAUUGCGCAAUCGACCAUUCUGCCGUGGAGAAUAUGUCAUCUGAGGAACAUGUCAAGAUAUUCGUCCACGAACGCUAUUUCCAGAAGUAUUCGGUUGAUCGACGAAUCUAUUGUGUCCCUGUAGACGAGGACGAAGAAAAUCGACUCGAAACACAACACCAGAUUUUACUCAAGUACUUCAAUGAUCGACUUUUCCUUGCGCCCGUUGACUAUCCGGAAAGGGUCCUCGACUGUGGAUAUGGGCAAGGACAUUGGGUUGUUCAGUUUGCGGAAGAGUAUGACGAGAGUGAGGUUCUUGGCAUUGACAUAUUCACACCCAACCUUCCAGAACAACCGGAGAAUCUCGAGUUGUCUGGUUAUAAUCUCAACGAUAGGCUUAACGAUGCGGGUUUGUUCGAAAGAAAUGCGUACGAUUUGAUCCAUUCCAGAUUUGUGGGACCGGGGAUCAAGAGUAAUCGAUGGGAAUCUUACAUACAGGACAUGAGGAGGUUGCUGAAGCCGGGUGGAUGGGUGCAGAUGAUGGAGUACUACCCCAACAUUCAAUCCGAUAGUGGCCUUUUGUCCGAUCAGUCGGCGCUUACACGGUGGUGGACGACGUACGCAAAUGCUAUGGAACGUUCGAAUCGCGAUCCUCGAAUUGGACAGAGACUGCAGCCUCUUUUGACUGGGGCUGGCUUGAGGAAUGUGCAUGGAGCUAGAAUUUCUUUACCCAUAGGUGCUUGGCCUUCAGGUAUUUCUUUCUUCUCUUCCUCUUUCAACCCCCGAAUUUAUCCGUAA